AUGGACAGGUCAUCACAUAACGUGGAUAACAACCACCGACAUCGGGACCCACCACCGCUGGGUCCCACUAAUGCUCACUUGUUUCUAUGGCAAAAACUAGUGGGCCUGAGAGGGAAUCCAAAAAAGCGAAGAGAAAAGGUGUACAUAGGCUGCGGUGCAGGAUUCGGCGGCGACAGACCAAUAGCAGCAUUUAAAUUACUCCAAAGAGUUAAAGAGCUAAACUAUAUAGUUCUUGAAUGCUUAGCAGAACGAACUCUAGCCGAUCGUUAUCAGGUGAUGAUUUCCGGUGGUGACGGUUACGAUUCUCGCAUUACUGAUUGGAUGCGAUUGUUACUGCCUUUGGCUGUGGAGAGAGGGACCUGUAUAAUUACCAAUAUGGGUGCAAUGGAUCCGGUUGGUGCACAAGAGAAGGUUAUAGAAUUAGCUACUGGUUUGGGGAUUGGUGUUUCUGUUGCUGUGGCUCAUGAGGUUUCUUCUGCUAAAUUUGGUUCUGGAUCGUCAACUGAGAAGUCAUAUAUCAUGGAAGGUGGCAUUAGCACUUAUCUUGGAGCAGCUCCUAUUGUAGAAUGCUUGGAGAAGUAUCAACCAAAUGUUGUAAUUACUUCACGGGUUGCUGAUGCUGCCUUGUUUUUAGCUCCAAUGCUUUAUGAACUAGGUUGGAAUUGGGAUGACUUAGAGGUGCUAGCAAAAGGAUCUCUGGCUGGCCACCUCCUUGAGUGUGGUUGUCAACUCACAGGAGGAUACUUCAUGCAUCCAGGUGACGAAUACCGAGACAUUUCUUUCCCUUCUCUCCUAGAUUUGUCACUUCCUUAUGCAGAAGUAUGUUUCGAUGGAAGUGUUUGUGUAGCAAAGGCAGAGGGUAGUGGUGGUGUAUUAAAUUUUAGUACUUGUGCUCAACAACUUCUUUACGAGGUUGGGGAUCCAGGUGCAUAUGUCACCCCUGAUGUGGUAAUCGAUUUCGGGAAUGUUUCAUUUCACUCAUUAUCAACACAUAAAGUUCUCUGUUCUGGUUCUAAACCAUCUGUUAGUUCAGUGCCAGAUAAACUCUUGCGCUUGAUUCCAAAGGAUUGUGGAUGGAAAGGAUGGGGAGAGAUAUCCUACGGAGGGUGUGAGUGUGUAAAACGUGCUAAAGCUGCUGAAUAUCUGGUUAGGUCAUGGAUGGAAGAAGCAUUUCCUGGUGUUAGUAGUAAUGUUGUUUCAUAUAUUAUUGGGCUCGAUAGCCUGAAGACGACUAGCAUUCAUGACAAUAGUUCAUCGCGUGGCACUAGUGAAGAUGUAAGGUUACGUAUGGAUGGACUAUUUGAGUUGAAGGAGCAUGCAGUCCAAUUUGCAACAGAGUUUACGGCUUUAUAUACAAAUGGACCAGCUGCUGGUGGUGGUAUCAGCACUGGACACAAGAAAGAGAUAAUUCUUGAAAAACAAUUGGUUGGUCGUGAACAUGUUUUCUGGCGGACUGGAGUAAAGUGCACGAAGGGAACAUGUUCAAAUGAGGAAGAAGUUGACGUUGGAAGUUUAGUGAAAACCACUGUUUGGCACGACCGAUUAUCAUCAUCUCAUCCAAAAAGUUCUUCACCAGGAAUUAAGACCUCUCCUGCUCCAUCUGGCCAGAAGAUUCCUCUUUACUCUGUAGCGCAUAGUAGGGUUGGAGACAAAGGAAAUGACUUGAAUUUUUCAAUCAUCCCACACUAUCCCUCUGAUAUUGAGAGAGUGAAGCUAAUUAUAACACCCCAGUGGGUGAAGGAAGUUGUCUCAACUCUUUUGAACACCUCUUCCUUUCCCGACUCAUUUGCCAUCAUGAAGAGAGACAAUUGGGUAAGCGAACAUGUUAAUGUAGAAAUUUAUGAAGCCAAGGGAAUCAAUUCUUUGAAUAUCGUGGUCCGUAACAUUCUAGAUGGUGGCGUCAACUGCUCUCGUAGGAUUGACCGGCAUGGGAAGACCAUCUCAGACCUUGUAUUGUGUCAGCAAGUUGUGCUGCCGCCAUGA